CCGCCUCUUCAUCCGAUAUUAUUUUAUUCCAUUUGCAGCCCAAGUUAAAACAACAAUACUUACUUUUUAUUUAUCGUCCUCAUAAUGUGCUCAUUGGCAAUUAAAUUAUAGAUAAUAUGAGUAAUAAAGUGGAUAAUGUGAAUUUUUUAAAUGAUUGUAUAGCUAGUGAUCUAUUGGACAGCCAUGUACUGGGCAACGAGAAGUUGGGCGAACCGGCGAUGGCGAGGUCCGACAGGUCCAGCCUCGACGGGAACAGCGUCGAUAUUGGAGAAAUUACCGAAUCACCAGAUACGGAGUACAUGAGUACGUCCGCAAUUUUACACUAUUGUAAAUCCAAGAUUUUGCUACCAUACUUGAAACUCCUAACAAUAAUGGGUCUGCGGCCAGUGGUAGACGGGGCCAACUCAUCAAAAUGUACUAUUUGUAUCUCACAUUUUCAUUCUGCGCAAGUAGCAGUGUUUAUGUUCGUUGGAUACUUUCUGCAGUACAUGGCUUGCUUUAGGCGAGAUAGAGGAUUUUGUUACAAAUUAGUGCCUUUAGCAUUAACAUCGACUCUUGAAUACGAAACGUACAAACAAGUAUGUUAUGGAAAUGUAACAUUUACUUACAUUGGCCCCAGUAUAUUGCAUUUCAGUGGGUUUUUGUAUGCAUUGUAUCUAUUCAGAGUUUCAGACAAUGAACAGCUACAAAAUUUAAUGGAGAGGGUAUUCAUUAUAUCUUCGUACGGUCCACAAGGGAUGCCGAUAGCUAAACCUCGCAAGUUGCUGCGGAUGCUGUGGUUCUUUAUCAUUCUGAGUAUACUUUGGAUGUGUCUGUCUUUGUGCUCCAUUAAUCUAAUGAUGGCUAAUGGCACCAUCAUGUUUCGAUGGCUUGAAAACAGUUCGAACGAGGUGCGGCUAUGUCUGAAGGUCCUGCUAAUCGUGUGCACGGUGACGCACGACAUGGUGCAGGCGACCAUCAUCACCAGCUACUGCCUGCAAGCGCAGCUCUUGCAGGCCCAUCUCAUGUUCCUCAAGGAACGUCUGCUCAACAGAACCAUUUCGCCGUUGAACUGGAUGAGAGUAAGUUCAAAAUUCAGAAAAUUAUUGAAGUAUUUGAACGACGAGCUGUCGCCGGCGGUGUGCAUGUUCACGAUCGUGAACGUGUCGUGGGCGGCGUCGGGCGUGCUGUGGCUGCUGGGGCUGGACCGCGUCGACACGCAGACGGAGCCCAUCCCCGGCAUCAGCGUGCUCAACCAGCUGCUGUGGCUCUCCGCUCUCAUAGUACCUUUUGUACAGGCAGCGCGUCUGUCGGCGGAGUGCCGGCGCACGCAGUCGGCGGGCCACGAGCUGAGCGUGCGGCCCUUCCUGCAUCAGGACACCUCGCCCGAGGACAUCUCCGCCGUGCUCAUGUACGCCUCCACGCUCAAACUGCGCGCUAAGCUCUUCUACUACCCCGUCGCCGGACGAUAUGUCUGUCUCAUACUCACCCUCGCCGCCAUCGUUUUAUUCUCCCUCGGGAUGUGUCAUUACUUACAAUGAAUUUUAUUAUUUAUUUAAUUUAAUUAUUCUAAUAUGAUUAAGAAUUAGUUUAAUAUGAAACAAUUCAUUUUUUCUAA